CCUCACUGAGCACUGGAAGCCUACUGGUGUUAUAUGCGCUUGAACAUGCGUUUUUACUGGCUGAUGACUGUCUUAUGUGCUCUGCUGAAGGGCUGUUAUGGAGUUCAGAAUGGUGCCACAGAACUGUCGGAUGGCAUCGUGCCCUCUUCGCUCCAGGAAUCUCAAACCAAUGGCUCUGUAUCUGUGAACGAAGCGCGCGGUGGCGGAAGACGCGCAGAAAACACAGCGCAAAGAGAGCAAAAUCAGUUGGGCUGCAGAGAGCUGCGCUCUACCAAGUACAUAUCAGACGGUCAGUGCACCAGCCUGAAGGCAGUGAAUGAGCUGGUGUGUGCUGGUGAGUGUCUGCCUGCUCACCUGCUACCCAACUGGAUUGGAGGAGGAUACUGGGCACGGCGGGAUGUGUCUGAGUGGAGGUGCGUGAAUGAGCAUGUACGCACGCAGCGUGUCAAGCUCUGGUGCCGUGAUGGAAGUACACGCACGUACAAGAUUGCUGCCGUGACGUCCUGCACUUGUAAGCGCUACACACGACAACACAAUGAGUCAGAGCUGAAACCUUCAUCUAAGAAGUACACCUCGAAGAAAAGCCGUGGAGCAAAUACAGAGGCUCAAAGCAUGGUUUAGUUCAUUCUUAGCUGAAAAGGCCACUGUCAGCAUUUUCUAACCUCACAUCACCUUUCUGUACUGGAAAGCCACAGAUUUUCAAAAACACUGACUCAUGAUAAGAUAUUGAACUUGUAAUAGGAUCUCUUAAUGAUGUCUGCAUUUUCUAGUCUGUUUGCAAUUAAACAGCAACUCUCUUUCAAAGCCAUACAUUUAACAGUUUUUCAUUAAAUAGAAAUUAUAUUGAUAACACUUUGGAAGGAGGUUUUUACAUUAUUUUCUUCAAGUCAAGUCAAGAAGCUUUUAUUGUCAUUUCAACCAUAUAUACAGUAGCUGCUGCAGUACAUAGUGAAAUGAGACAUUUCUCCAGGAUCAUGGAGAAACGUUGUCUCAUAUCACUGUGUACUUCAACCAGCUCUUCUGAAAUAACGUGAGAAAGAGCAGCAGAUUAAUCUCAUAUAAACCUCAUUUAAACCCCGAAGCAAUGUUAACUUUGGGUAUUAAUGAAAUGAAAACAUUUUUAAUCGGAGAAAUUAAGCUUCACGUGUGAAGAUAUUAAGACUUCAUUCACUGGCACAAUAUUUUGCAAUGUUCUGUUUAAUGUUUUUAAAAUAACCUAUAUACCCUU